AUGAAGCUAUCUGGAUUCAUGCCCCAAGAAACCGCCCGGGCAUUGCUUUCAACAGUCCAAAGCAGCCGGUCAUACGAUUCCGAACCGGAUUCUGUGGAUCACAUGCCCAGUUUCGAAUUCUAUCCUAUGAUUGCUGGGCAGUGGGUGGAUGAAACCAUGAAGCACCUCCUGCAUGAGUUUGCUGAAACAGUAGUGCUGCCAUACGUUCGUCAGACGUAUUCCUGUCCCGAGUGCGCUGUGGCCGAUCUUCUUGUUCGACGGUAUGUGGUGGGGGAGCGCCGGACACACCAAUUGCACUUUGAUUCUCACGCGUAUGCUACUGUGGUGCUGGGGCUCAGCGAUCCAUCAGACUUUGAAGGUGGCUUGUACAUCCAACCAGGGACACAUGCCAGCACUCGUCAGUUUGUGAAUUUGGAGCCUGGUGAUCUGUUUGUGCAUUCUUUUGACCUUCAGCAUGGAGUUCGUUUGUGGAAGGGAACGCGACACAGUGUGGUCUUUUGGAUCAAAACAAGCGCGAGGUCCAUCACAAAAGGCACCACGCCGUGGUAUAGCAAGGCAGCUGAAACUGGAGAUCCGGAUGCGCUGUUCAAUUUAGGAGAACAAUACCUCCAUGGAACAGCCGGAAUGACUAUGAACCCGUCCCGGGCUGCAGCGCUUUAUAAGCAGGCCGCUGAGUCGGGGCAUCAUGGGGCGCAGACGCACCUGGGGCUGUUGCUUGCAGAGACUGGAGGAUCUGAUUUAAGAGAAAGCGCAAAAUGGCUCAAGUUAUCAGCAAAGGCUGGCAGUGUACUGGGUCAGAAGAGUUUGGCUUUUGCAUAUGCAAAUGGGAGAGGUGUGGAGCAGAAUCUGACCCGUGCAUCAAAAUGGAUGAUGCGAGCAGCGCAACAGGAUGACCUGGAAGCGGCAUAUGUACUGGGCACCAUGUAUUUGCAUGGACAGGGGCUGAAGGUCAGUCCUGUGGAUGCGAGCUACUGGCUGCGGCUUAGCGCAGAGGCUGGCUAUGCCGACGCACAGCGAGAGAUGCUUGGUCGUCAGAGGGCUUCAUGGGAAUCCCAAGAAAGCCCUCCAAAACUGGUGAGAUGGGGUUGUAUACGGGAUCAUGAAAAUAUCAUGUCCAAACGGCUUGAAAGAUGA